UGCCUUUCGUAGAUCAUUAAUAAUGUAGAUAAGUGGGAGGUAUUUUUCUUUAUCGCUCAGUAUACGAAAAACAACGGCUUGCGUGUCAGGUUUGAUUUAUUUACUGUGCAAUACAAGAUAUCUUUCCUUGAGCUAGACAUUCGCCGGUCAAAACCGUAUUAAGCAAUAAACAAAUAGAAACAGCUAAUAAACAUAUUAUUGGUUUGAAUUUGUUGAAUUUUAUCAUAUUGUACAACUCAAGAUCAGAAAGUAGACGCAUUAAAGAGUUGUCUGGGUUUUUAAAAUAAAUUAUUUUAAGCCCGGAUAAAGUCUAUACCCGGUGACGUCGGUUCGAAUGAAAAGCUUCGCGAUUUACGCUUGAGUACUACAGUGUGCAAAUACAUGUUGGUGAGAUGGUCUAAAACUCGUAAGUUAGAGUGGGACAGAAAUGUGUGUGUGUUUCGUCUAAAAUCCGUAUACUUGGAUUGAGGUACAAUGCGCGCGCGUCUGUGUGUUCUUUCUACUGAAUAAACGUGCGCUACAGAAGAUGAAGAAAUGCUAUUCAAGUAGGAAUGGGACGCAUACGUUUGCUUAAACUUGUAAAAGAGGAAGCAAAAGAAACAAACUGGAGUACUACGUCACCCAGAGCACGUGGCCAUGACAGACGACCAUCUUGUGCGAUGACGUAAUCGCCAACAUAAUAAUUGCUGAUACUACUGAGAUUAUUUGAAAUUCCCACACAAACACGCAUGCGCAUAAAUGAAGGGUAAAGUGACGUCAGUGUUGCUGUUACUCCUGGGCGGGGCAGUGCCCACGUUGUGGUUGGUGUUGUUUCAACAGUCCGGAGACGACGUCAGGGAAAGAAAACAUCUUGAACGACUGGUCCGAUCUCUCCACUUGGCCCAACGGAAGACUGACAACAUUACGUCACAACAGGAAACAGAAGACGACCGCAUUGUCAAGCUCAAGUUUCCAUGGCUACCCAAGAAGAACACUUUGCCCAAUUUCUUCCACAGAACGAAACACGACCGAUCUGACGGUUUCCAAGACAACGAGUACGUAACCGGAAGUCUAGUAUUUGGAGACAAUCCACGUGCAGCGGAUGUACCGCUUAUGGAAUGCGUGCGCAGAAUCAGCGUCACGAAUUAUUUAUCGACAUCACCAAUCAUGUCGAGUGGAAAUCGUCUGGCGUGGGAAUCAGCAGACGACAAGAUGAAGAAAUUCAGAAAUAAGAUAAAGAUUCAUCGCGGGAGUUAUUCGUUUGGCGUGUGCGAGAGCCUCAAUGUGUCCUGUUCUUACGUCAUGAUGUUUAGAAACCCACUCGAACAGGCCCUGUCUAACUACCAGUAUUGUAAAUAUGAGCUGACCGACGAAUUGUGUCAGGGGGUUAACGCGAACAAGGUCACCCUCAGACAGUGGAUUCUUUUCCACGGGAGCGAACUUUUUAAACAGCUCAUCUUCAGUCCGCAUUUUUGUACAGACUCCGUUAACGUUAGCGUCACAGUUCCGGACGAGGUCUGGUUCGGAAAUAAGCACGAUUCGCCGUGCUGGUUAAAGCAGAAAGUGCUCAUGGAAAAGUUUUCAAAAAUAGAUAUCAUACACGCGACCAGCUACAUCGUCAGACAUUUGGAACAGUGGUUUGGAGUUGUCGGCCUUUACGAUCAGAUGGCAGACUCGCUGAAAAUGUUUCAGACGGUUUACAAACUUCCGUUUACGAAGUGUUACGAAACGAAGAAAACUCGUCCUGAUGUGGCGGAUGAAGACGUAACAAGUGAAAAUAGUGCCACAAGUGUUGUUCAGAGAAAAUCCGAGUUUUUUGACGAGAAUGACCUGCAUUAUUUACGUGAUGAUAUUUACGUUAAAGAAGCGUUAUCGGCAGAUAACAUGAUUUACAAAGAGGCCGCGAGAUUAUUUAAUAUCCAAAAACAGUUGUAUACUAACAAACUGCGUGCGCUGUGAUAUAACACCAAUAAUUGUGACAAUUAAAUCCAUUAUGUAGUUUUUUUUUUGUUUUUUUUUACUAAAUAAUAAAAUUGUUAUAAAUGCGAA